AUGAGUUGGAAGUGGUCGCAGGAGCCGAGCCCGCGAGGCCAGGCCGAGCCGCUCGAGCAGCAGCCGCUGCAAUGGGUGCUCGAGGUGACUCCCCAGCUGGACGUUAGUCGCAGCACUCUCGCCGUCGCUCUUGCCGAUGCGGAGAGCUUGAAAAAAUCGCACGAGUCGUCGCACGGAUCGUCUCACGACGGGUCGUCGGAAGCCAAUGGAGCAGGCGCGGAGCUCCCCGUGUUCAUUCUAGUCGCCGUCAUGCAAGACGCUACCGCACCUCCCUCGCCCAUGGUGCGGCGCACCAUGACCAUGGACGAGGCAGUGCGCCUGGCGGAGGCAGAGGAGGCCGUCAUUCGCAAGAUGCUGCAGCCACUCAAGACUCUUGCACACAGCCGCCAUGUGCGAGCAGUGAUGCAUCUGGAGCGCAGCAGCGACCAUGAGAAGGCCCUGUGUGACGCAGUCAAGCGGUUCUCCGCCUCCCGGGUCUACAUCGGGGUCAGAAAGAAGUUCCUAUGGUCGAACUCACUCAGCAGCGCUCCCACAGCCUACUACGAGACAAACCUGCCGGACGGCUGUCUGCUGGUGGUGGCGCAGGGGUCGCGGCGGGUGGCAGAGAUCCCCGUGCAUCCCAAGGGGCCCCUCCGCAGCCGCACCCUCAGCCGCUCCAAACGCUCCCAGGCAGGCUUUGAUGCCCCGCUGACUCCUACCGGCAGUGCUGCUGGUGCUGGUGGGAGGGUUGCGGAGAGGGGGGCAAGCAUGGGGUUUCCUCGCUCGGCGUCGUCAAAUGCUGCUUUGGAGGGGGGAAGCAGGAAUGGAGAGCGGUGGCCUGACGCUAGUAGCGCUCGUGCUGGUGCUGCUGCAGCUGGUACUGGCACGGUAGUUGGUGUGGGUGCUGUGAUUGGUGGUGGUGUUAGGAGCAGCGGUGGGCGGGGCGGGGUUGGCAGCAGAGGAGAGGGAGAGAGGAGGCGGGUUGAUGUUCAAGCAGGAGAGCGAGAAAGCCGACCUCAGGCGGGCGGGCUCAGGGUGAUUGUGCCGUCUAAUAGAGAGGUGGACGGGUGGGGCGCGAAGAUUCAGGUGGAGCAGAACCUGGGGGAGCAGCGACAGGGGGAGCAGAGUCAGGAGGGAGUGGAGUUGGAGGCGGGGGGAAGCGAUGGGGAUGAUGCACUGGCGGAGCUAGGGGAGGAAUGGGUUAGGAGCAGGAGGAGAGAGGUGCCGGGAUCAGGUAGAACACCAGGUGCCGCAUCAGGUGGCGCAUCAGGUGGCGCAUCAGGUGCGGUGGGGUCAAGGCGAGCAGGGCACCAUCAGCGGAGCCACUCCAUGCACCUGUUGUCACCGCACCCAACCGCUCUCUUCUCCCCCUCACUCCCUCCUUCUCACCCUCGGCGCCUUUCCAUAUCAGACGCCCUCGAAACAGAGGGCAGUGUGGGCCAAAAUCGGGGCCCGGGGCGAGAGAGGAAAGACAACCAGGAGGUCGAGGGGGUGGAUGGAGAAGACUACCAUGCCCAUGUCAGCCAGUUCGGGCCGUUGAGUGUGCGUGGCAACCCCACCACCCCGCACCUCUUCUCCCCAGACGACUGGUCCUUCCCUAUAGAUGACGCUUCUGAUGCUUCAGAUGCUACUUGGCCGUCUGGUGCUGCUGGUGCGUCUGGUACCUCUGCCCCCACGACUCCCAAGGGUGAGGGCAUGCCAGGGAGAGGCUCAGGGAGGGCUGAUGUCGUGGCAGCAUCUGGAGGGCUUGCGAGGCUUGAUAAUGGGAGUGGGCGUGGGAGUGGGAGUGGGAACAGGGAUGGGAGUGGGAAUGCUGGUGGGGAGCAAAAGGAGAAAAGUCUAGGAACACGCACAGGAGCAGGCACAGGAGCAGGUGGGAGUGGGCAGGAGGCAAGGCGCGUGUGGCGCAGUCGGUUUCGCAGUGCGAGUGUGAGCGAGGUGCCUCUAUCCCCCUCCCAGCUGCUCUCCCCCUCUGGCCUGCUCUCCCCCGAGCGCCCCUUCUCUGCUAUCUCUGCCUGGGAUGCCCUCCCUGUGCGCAUCGGGGGGAGUGCGGUGGAAACAGGGGGGCGGGUGAUGGGAGGGGAGGCUCUAAAGUCGCCGCGCAUGGGGGGGAGUGCUGUGGAGACAGGGGGAUGGCAGGUGCAGCUGCUGCACAAUCACAGUGGCAGUAUGCAUGGUGAUGCUGAUCAAAUCAACUGUGAUAAUGCCACUCCCGGCAGCAGCAGUGCCCACCCGUCGUCCCACCAGAUGUUCAACACCACAGCUGCAGCCUCGGCAGCCACAGCCUCGGUGGCAGCCACAGGUUCUCGUCUGGCCUCUGGGCUGGGACUGGGGCGAGCAGCGGCAAGAAUGCUCUUUCCCAAGUCUUCCAGUGGCGGCAGCCGCACGGGGCGAGAGGACAGCACUCCCCAAAGCCCCCUGGCGUCCUCUCCCCUGUCCGAUCCUGAGGGUGAUGCGUACCAACGGACACGAUCUCUCGGCACGAUUGAUAUCAUUAGAUAUAAGCAGAGCAGGAACGCGAGCAGGCGGAGGAGCAGGGACUAUGGGGAAAGCAGUGGCAGCGGUGCCACUGCCAUCCCCUCUCAGAAAUCUGCCAGCCUCCUUUCUCAUCAAUCCGCUAGUCUCCACCCCUUGCAACAAGCUGUGCCAUCAUUUCAGCAGUCCAUCUCUGAGGCGCCUAAAAAAUCAUCCCUGCAGCUGCCUCUGCCACUGGAUGGACCAGCGAAAGCGCCAGUCCCAUUCCAAUCUGCCAGGUACCCGAUGCCUCCUCGCUCGCCUUCAAGGCACACCCCUCCUCCGCUCCUCCCCUCUGCCGCUGCCGCCGCUGCCGCUGCUGCUGCUGCUGCUGCUGCUGCUGCUGCUACUGCUGCUGCUGGUGCUGGUGCUGGUAACGCGUCUCCACCCCGCUCCGCUCGAAGAAAUGCUGCUGCUGCCGCCUUUCCUCGGGCUAGAGAUGUGAUGGAGCCGGGGAGAGCAGACAGAGGAGGAGCUUUGCCAGUGGCAGCAGAAGCAGGUGUGAGGAUGCUGCGAACCAAAUCCGGAGAGAUUCUAGGCCGCAACAACCAGCAGCCGCAGCCGCAGCCGCAGCCGCAGAGGAGGGCUUUAGAAAGGUUUCCUGUUUGCCGCAUGGAGCAGCGGCAGCAGCAGGUGAAGCUGGCAUGGGAUGACAUUCUGGGGGACGGGCCUGACGGGCCUGAUGGGGCUGAUGGGGCUGACGGGGCUGAUGGGGCUGAUGGGGAUAUUGGGGCUAAUGGGCUCGAGAGUGUCUCCAGUGGCAGUGGCAACGUCUCCAAACCACAGCCAAUGCGAGUGUCAGUGCCAUUGCUGGGUUCAGUGGAUGCAGGACAGGCUGCAGCAGGGAGAGGUUCGCUUGUCCGCAAAGCAGUGAAGGCAGCAGGAGCCGCAGGAGCAGCAAAAGCAAGAGAAGCAACGGGAGCAGCAAGAGCAGCACGAGCAGCAGGAGCAGAGAAAGGCAGAGGUGGGGAGUCGGAGAGCAAAGUACGGGCAACGGCAGCGGAGGAGUUUGACUUUGGUGUGCCGGCAGAGACGGCAGGUGAGGUGGAGCGGCGUGAGUCUGUUGAUCUUGCGAUGGGCGGGAAGGCAGCGCCCAGAGGUGGUGGCAGCAAUGGUGAUAGUGGUGGUGUGUUCACUCUGCAACAGCUAGCAGCAGCAACUGACGGUUUCAAUCCCUCUCGCCUGCUGGGCUGCAGCAGUGGGGGCAGCGCAGGGGGCAGAGGGGAGGGCAGUGUGUAUCGGGGAGAGCUGCUGGGGCGCCCAGUGGCGAUCAAGCGGCUGCAGGGCCCAGGGAUUACCCACAGGAGUCAGGGUCCUUACGCCACGUCAGCUGCCACGUCAGCUGCCACGUCAGCGGCCACGUCAGCAGAGGCAGAGGCGUUUUGGAGGGAGGUGGGAGUGCUGGCGAGUGUGCGGCACCCGCAUGUGGUGGGCAUGGUGGGGUGCUGCCCUGAAGAUUUUUCACUGGUGUAUGAGCUCAUGGAAGGGGGGUCGCUUUGGGACCGAUUGCACCCACAGCUGCAGCAGAAACAGCAGCAGAAAAAGCAGGGAAAAAACCAGGAGCCGGAACAGCAGCAGCAAGAGCGAAAACAAGGGGGAAUUAGCACUCCGCCUCCGUCUCCCCUGCCACCUCCCCUCCCAUGGCACCAUCGCCUACGCAUCGCCUCUGAAAUUGCCUCUGCUCUCCUCUUUCUGCACUCCCACAGCCCCCCUAUCCUCCACUCAGACCUCAAACCCCAAAACGUCCUUCUCGACGGCCAUGGCACCAGCAAACUGGCUGAUACAGGCCUGGCAGGGCUGAGUUUCUUUGGCUUGUUCCCGCAGAAUCAGCUAGAGGUCACGUUCAAGGUGCAGGGGACGUUUGGGUUUUUUGAUCCGGAUGUGGUGGUUACCACCGGGGAGGUUACGGCGGCGAGUGAUGUGUACGCGCUGGGAGUGGUGGUGGUGCUGCUGCUCACAGGGAUUGAGGACGUGAAAGAGGUGCACCGUUUGUUGGGGCAAGUUUCGAGCUCAAACUCAGGUGCAAGCAAAGGCACAAGCACAAGCGAAAGUGGAAGCAGACGUCCUUCUUGCAACAUAGAUAUUGCCGUCAAUUUUUUUGCGGAGCGCCUCGACAAGCGGGCGGGCAGCUGGCCGAGAGAUUUAGCUGCCCGGGCUCUGCGCGUGGCGCUACAGUGCACGGAGCGGCGCGGCGUUGAUCGUCCGGACCUGCGGGCAGUGGUGCACCCGACCCUAGCUGGCAUUGCUGAGGAGGCGCGGGAGGUGCAGGCUUGGGAGGAGGUGAAACAGGACCAUGAGGUCGUGGCUUUGGAGGAGGUGAAGCAGGGGCGAGAGGCGCAGGCAGGGCAGGGCGUGGCUUUGGAAAGCCGCUUCAUCUGCCCGCUCUCCCAUCAACGGCUGCAGGAUCCAGUGGUAGCAGCAGACGGGGUGACUUAUGAGAGGGAGGCGAUAGAGGCGUGGCUCGCAGCGCAUGACACCUCCCCCACAACCCACCUCCCCCUCCCACACAAGCACCUCACCCCCAAUCUCAUACUGCUAGACCUGCUGUCCAUCCUGGGUCUUCUGAAUGGGUCAUAG